AUGGCAGCCACCACAGGCUCAGUGGUAAAGGUCCCUCAAAAUUUUCAAGUGUUGGAAAAGCUGGAAGAAGGCCAGAAAGUAGUAGGUGAGAGCACAGUUAGCUGGGAUCUAGAGGAUGAUGAGGACAUGAUACUUACUAGAUGGACAGGGAUGAUAAUUGGGCCUCCAAGAUCAAUUUCUGAAAACCGAAUAUACAGCCUUAAAAUAGAAUGUGGGCCUAAAUACCUGGAAGCACCCCCAUCUGUAAGAUUUGUAACAAAAGUCAAUAUGAGCAUCGUGAGUAGUUCAAAUAGAGUGGUUGAUCCAAGGGCCACGGCAGUGCUGGCAAAAUGGCAGAAAUCCCAUAGCAUCAAAGUCAUCCUAAAGGAGCUUCGGCACUUGAUGAUUUCAAAAGAGAACCUGAAGCUGCCACAGCCAACAGAAGGACAGUGUUACAGCAAUUAGUCACCAAGGGCCUGGCCUCCCCUCCCCAAUCCAACCUAAGUCUCAAUUU